UCCACACCCGGAAGCUACUAAAGAUGUAACAUGUUUCGCUGAAGUUAGCGGUGUUUGAGAUUAAGUAGACGAAAAUUAAACUAUAUGUUCCACAUUUUUCGGGAUAAAGCUGUAUUGUGUGUUGCACUACGAAGAUGAGCGAAAGUGACAAACAAAUGCAGCCUGCAGCCAUGAAGGAAGAGGGCAACUCUCUGUUCAAGGCAGGAGACAUGCAGGGAGCUGUCGGCUGUUACACCAGAGCACUGAAGCUGAGUGAAAGCCAAGCAGACAGAGCUAUUCUCUACCGCAACCGCUCAGCCUGCUACCUCAAACUGGAGGAUUACAGCAAGGCAGAGGCUGAUGCCUCCAAAGCUCUUGAUACUGACCCGGGUGAUGUCAAAGCCAGGUUCAGGAGAGCUCAGGCUUUCCAGAAACUUGGUCGGUUUGACCAGGCCUUUCUGGAUGCUCAGCGGUGUGCUCAGCUGGAGCCCAAAAACAAAGCCUUCCAAGAUUUGCUCAGACAGCUAGGAGCCCAGAUCCAUCAGAAGUCAGCACAAUCAAAUUCCACAGAUGCCCGUGUGCAGCAGAUGUUCUCCCUCCUUUUGGAUGCUUCUGCAAAAGAGUCAGAUCGACAGAAGGCUGCUCAGAACCUUGUGGUGUUGGCUCGAGAAGAGGCAGGAGCUGAGCAGAUCUUCCGCAAUGAUGGAGUGAAGCUGAUUCAGAAACUUCUCCUGUCAAAGCAGGAGGAGGUGGUCCUUUCUGCGCUGAGGACACUGGUUGGUUUGUGUACAGGGCAUCAGUCCAGAACUAUGGCUAUAGUGAAUGAGUUGGGAAUGGAGCAGCUGUGCACAGUAAUGGGAUCGGGGGCCUCCACUGUGUCUCUGGCUGCCUGCCACCUACUGCAGGUGAUGUUUGAGGCUUUAACUGAGGGGAUGAAAAGAGAGGUCAGAGGGAAAGAUGAAGCCAUACUUCCUGAGCCGUCCAAGGAGCUACGCUCGAUGUUGGGGCAUCUCUUGGGGAUGUUGACAGCAUCUAAUGUGUCAGGACCAGGCAGAGACAGUGCCAUUAACCUCCUGGUCAAACAAGUUCCCCGCAAGUCUUUGAAAAACCCAGACAAUUCCCUCACAUUGUCAGUAAUAGACCAGGGGCUGAAGAAAAUCCUGGAGGUGGCUGGGACAGUAGUUGAGCUCUCAGAGGGACUACCUCUUACAGAUAACACCCACAUGAGCUGCUCUGUUUUGCUUAGCAAACUCUAUGAUGACCUGAAAAGUGAAAAGGAGCGGGAGAACUUCUACAAACUUUGUGAAGAAUAUGUUCAGCAGCACUUCAGUCAAUCCGGGCUGAAUGCCAAGUUGCGAGCCAUCCAGACUGUAUCGGCCCUCCUGCAAGGACCUAGUGAUGUGGGCAACAGAACUCUGGAAAUGUCGGGAAUGAUGGACGCUGUGAUCUCUCUGUGUGCCUCUGAAGAUGUAACUCACCAGCAGGUAGCAGUGGAGGCUCUGAUCCAUGCUGCUGGCAAGGCCAAGAGAGCCUCCUUCAUCACAGCUAAUGGAGUGGCACUUCUGAAGGACCUGUAUAAGAAGAGUGAGAAUGACAGGAUACGUGUGAGAGCCUUAGUGGGUUUGUGCAAACUUGGAUCGGCAGGAGGGACAGAUUUCAGCAUGAAACAGUUUGCAGAGGGAUCCACACUAAAGCUUGCCAAGCAGUGCAGGAAGUGGCUAUGUAAUGAGUCUCUGCCUCCAACCUCCCGUCGCUGGUCUAUAGAAGGCCUUGCCUACCUCACCUUUGAUGCUGAUGUGAAGGAGGACUUGGUAGAAGACAAGAGUGCUUUGCUGGCCAUGUUCGAACUAGCAAAGUCUGAGGAUAAGACAGUGCUCUUUGCGGUGGGCUCCACAUUAGUGAAUUGCUCCAACAGCUAUGAAGUGGAGAAGCCAGAUCCUCAGAUGGUGGAGUUGGCCAAAUAUGCAAAGCAGCAUGUGCCUGAGGAUCACCCUAAGGAUGCACCAUCUUAUGUGGAGAAAAGGCUGGUGAAGCUUCUGGAGGCUGGUGUAGUAUCUGCACUGGUUUGUAUGGUCAAACAGGAAAGUCCAGCCCUCACUGAGGCUUGUAGAGAGUGUAUCGCCAGGGUGUUCUUGGCUUUGGUGCAACGGCAGGAAGACAGAGGCACUGUGGUGGCGCAGGGUGGAGGAAAGGCUCUGAUCCCGCUGGCAUCUGACAACACGGAUGCAGGGAAAGUCAAAGCAGCACAAGCCCUGGCAAAGAUAACCAUCACAUCCAACCCAGAAAUUGCCUUUCCAGGAGAAAGGAUCUAUGAGGUAGUGCGCCCACUCGUCAGUCUACUAAGUCUUGAAUGCACCCUGCUGCAGAACUUUGAAGCACUCAUGGCUCUCACCAACUUGGCUGGCAUCAGUGAUAGACUCAGACAAAAGAUCACAAAAGAAAAGGCUCUUCCAAAAAUUGAAGGCUACAUGUUUGAGGAACAUGAACUGGUUCGAGCCUCAGCCACAGAGUGCAUGUGUAAUUUGGUAUUAAACACAGAGGUGCAGAAGCUGUACUUGGCCACAGGGAAUGAUCGCCUGAAGCUGCUCGUGCUCUACAGUGGCGAGGAUGAUGAGAGGCUGCGAAGAGCUGCAGCAGGAACUCUAGCAAUGCUGACCGCUGAGCAGCCAGAGCUCUGUGCCCGCAUCCCUGGAACAACAACCCAUUGGCUUGAGAUUAUGCAGGCACUGCUGCUCAGUGAAAUAUCUGACCUACGCCAUCGUGGAGUGGUCAUUGUCCAGAACUUGAUUCAGGCAGAGAAGAGCCUGGCUGAGACCAUCAUGGAGAGCGAAGCUCUGGAGAUCCUGUCUGUCCUGGCAAAGGGAGGGGAGGACACGGCAAAGCAGGUUUCAAAGAUAGCGCAGAGCUGCCUGGACAAGGCAGUGGAGUACGGCAUCAUCAAAAACAGGGAAGGAAGGGAAAAGGACAAAGGAAUGGAACCCUGAAUAGAGCACACAGUGUGUCUGUGUUUGAGACAACAACAAAAAUGGUGUAAAACUAUAAAGAAAGAGUUAUUACAUAUAAAACAAGCAAAGUCACAUGGGCCUAUUUUAUUACACAUGAAAUAUAACUGUAUUUUCAAGUUACUAUGUGUUCUUUCAUGUACAUCUAGAAAUGUGUUGGAUUUCUUUUACAUUCUUUGCUACAGAUUGUAAUUUUUAUUGUAAUUAUUCCAUAAUUAUGGUCAGGUUUUGUUUUGCAUUGUU